AUUAGCCAGAUUAGCCAGAUUUAAGGCAUAUUUUAUAAAGUUAAAGAUGAAUCAAGAGAGAUUUAGCUCUCACCGGAGGAAAACUCUUGGUGUUAUUGAGAAUCAGGCAUAUUCUCAGAUUCCACAGCCAUCAUCGGUGAUGAAGAAGGGAAUAGGUAUACGUGGCUCAGUAUUAGGAGUAGAAGGAUCAAAUAGCCAUUUAUCAUCUUCUAUUGGACAGAAUAGAGGGUUUCAACGUGUCUCUAAUAGUGGGAAUUUUGUGGAAAAUGGACAUGGAGUGACAGGAAGUCAAAAAGAUGUAUUUCGGAAUUCUAGACAAAGUCUUGCACCAUCAAGUGCACGACGAUCAAGUGUUUAUACAUCAGGACGUCCGUCUAGUAUUAGUUUUAUUUCUCAGGCAGCGUCACAAGCGCCAUCGAAAGAUCCACGACCGAUCCGUGAUAAACAAUAUCAACUUACAUGUAUACAUUCUAUUAUUUCGUAUCUUACGAGUUCUGGAUUUCCUCAGGCAUUAACGCAGAAAAAUCUUCAACAACCUACACAAAAAGAUUUUAUAGCGAUUUUUAAAUGGUUAUAUAAUAGAGUAGAUCCGAACUAUCAAUUUGUUAAAAAAAUGGAUGAUGAGGUUAUAAUAUGUAUAAAGAAUUUAAAAUACCCAUUUGCAGAUCAAAUUUCUAGAUCGCAAUUAAUGGCAGUUGGGUCGCCACAUUCAUGGCCAUCAAUGUUAUCGAUGUUACAUUGGAUGGUAGAAGUGAUAACAUGCACUGAAAAAUUAAUUAAUGGCGAGAUCAAUGUAGAUGAUAAUAAUGAUAAUCAUGCAGAGAAGAUAUUUUUUGAUUACCUUACUAAAGCAUAUCGUGUUUUUUUAUCUGGAGAUGAUGAUUUUAGUGAAAUGGAAAAAGAGCUUGAACAAGAAUUUGAUAAGCGCAAUGAUGAAAUUCUUUCAGUAAUUGAACGUAUAGAAAAAGAAAAUGGAUCUCUUUCGAAAACCAUGAAAAGCAUGACAGAGUCUAUGUCUUCUAUUGAAGCAUUAAAUAGAGAGCGGCAAGUUUUACAAUCUGAUAAAGAUAAAUUUAAUCAAUAUAUUCAAUACCUUGAAAACAAGAAGAAAAAAAUUAUAGAUUUAAAUGCUAGACUUAAAAAUGAACUUUUUAAUAAAGAAGAGGAGUUAUCUCAGCUUAGUAUUGAAAAGUCGGAAUUGCAAACUCAAGUCGAUGCACAACCUAUUUCACCGGCAGAUGUUGAUAGAAUGACAGCUGAACGUGAAUCAUUAGUAAAGAAUUUAGAAAUUGUUACGGGAAAAAUGGAGGAAUCAAGUAAACAAACUUUUGAAAAGGAAAUUUUGGCACAGAAAAAAAUUGAUUCACUAGAAAAACUUAUUGCAACUUAUAAUUCCCUUGGUUAUAAGAUUGGUAUUAUUCCUGAAACUGCUCCUUAUGCCGAUAAUGCCUCUUUCGAAUUAGAUUUUAUUAAUUCUGCAAUCAAUCAUGGAAAUAUCCGUCCUGAUCAGCUCGUUAAUCGCGAUUUAAAACAUGACAUACGACCUAGACUUCAAAAAUUAAGACAAGAUCUUGGAUCUAGACUUCAUAAGGAACAAGAUGAAGCUAUUCAACUUCAAGAAGUUCUUGAUAAAGUUUGUGAAGGAUUAUUGGAUGCACGGGAUGAACUAGAUAUUUUGCAGGCAAGAGUUACUGCAAUUAUGGAACAAUAUAAUGAAAUAAAAGAUACAAUGUUGGUUGAAAGUUCUGCAAGUAAUGCUGAAAUAGAGAAACUUGAAAGAGAUUUGCAGCAGAUGAAAAUCACUGCUCAAAACGGUCUACUUCAACUCGAACAACGUUCUCAAUCUGUUAGUAUAGAAUAUGAUCAGUUAGUUCAUGCUACAAAUGCUUUAAAAGAAGAUCUUUAUCGAGAUGUUAUACGAAUGCUCGAUGAAGUUAUUAAAUUUAAAUUACACAUUCAAACUGCAUUAGAAGCAUUAGAAAACGAUAUUAUCAUGGAAAAUGAAAAUAAUAAUUUAGAUGAUACUGAAAAGUAA